UUGCAAGUCCGGCGUAACCUCUGUGAUAAACAUCAUCACCACCUCCAUUUCUCUUCCCUUUUCUUUCUCUCUUUUUUUCUUCUCUCUCUCUCUCUCUCUCUUCGACGAAAACUGCAAAUCUAUUCCAAGUGGAGUCCCCCCCAAAUAAAAAAUAAAAUUAAAACUCCAUUUCUAUUUCUCUUCUCUUUAUCUCUUUCUCUUCCUAUUUUAUAUACCAAUAUAUCAUCCUUCUCUUCCAUGAACCAGACCUCUCUAACUAUCUCAAGCUCUACUGCACCUUUCACAGCUAGAGCUCGAGAUCGCAGAGAGAGAUAGAAAAAAAAAAAAGAAAGAAAAAAAAUUCAUCGAAGAAUUUCAAUAUGCCUUCGUCGCUUCAGCUUCACAGAAUCAACCCAACAAAACCAAUCACCGGCAGUACCGCACUGACUUUCCACCAUAAACAAUCUCACAAUCAUGCUGCGAUGUCGUCGUUCGUGCGACAUGUCGUUCCACCUUCUUCCGCUAUUCCAUUUCCCUUACCUGACUCAGUAGCUCGUUACCACACCCACGCGGUAUCUGCAAACCAGUGCUUCUCCGCCGCUAUCCAGACCAUCGACGCUCCCGUGCCAGUAGUUUGGUCCGUCGUUCGUCGUUUCGAUAAUCCGCAAGCGUACAAGCAUUUCCUUAAGAGUUGCCACGUCAUCGACGGCGAUGGAAACGUCGGUAGUCUCCGUGAGGUCCGUGUCAUUUCGGGUCUGCCUGCUGAGUCAAGCACCGAGAGGUUGGAGAUUCUGGAUGAUGAACGCCACGUCCUGAGCUUCAGCGUGGUGGGAGGUGAUCACCGGCUUACCAAUUACAGAUCGGUCACGACGCUCCAUGCCACGGCCGACGGCGCCGGAACGGUGGUGGUGGAAUCGUAUGCGGUGGACGUACCGAACGGGAAUACGAAAGAAGAGACGUGUGUGUUCGUGGAUACCAUUGUUAGGUGCAAUUUGCAGUCGCUCUCUCAGAUCGCUGAGAAUAUGGUCAAAAGUAACAAAAAAACUACCUCUUCAAAUUAAAAUUUUUAUCAUACCAAAAAAAUUUUAUCUGAUUUUGUUUUUGUUUUUGUUUUUGUUUCUUUUUCCUUUUUGUUUUUUUUGGUUCUCUCUCUUUCAUAUGGGUGGAUAUGGAUUCUCGUAUGUUGGAUCAGCGUCACCUAUAUAGGUUGGAGAAAAUCAAUUUGUAGAUUUUUCCUUUCUUUCCUUUUUUUUUUUUCUUUUUCCUGUUCUUCUUGAGGUAAUAUAUCUCAGGAGGUUGCAAUGGUUGAAAAAAAGUAAGAUAGAGAGUAUGAUACUGUGUAUAUGUUUUACUCUUUUUCUUCAAAAAAGAAAAAAAGAAAAAAGAACCAUCCCCUUCUGGAGAUUGUUCUUACAUUAAUUAAUUAGCAAUGUAUAUUAUACGUUUUAA